AUGACUUUAAAUGAAGAACAUUAUGCGACAGCUAAAAGAAUGAUCUCUGCGUCUUCUACGAAAACAUUCAACAAAGCACGUUCCACUCAGAUUGCCAAAUUCACAAAAUUGACGUGCUUUGGUCGGACGCAUCGCAGACAAGAAGAUUUGGCCAGUCAUCCACUACAACGCACCAUUAUCAAUAUGAGUGCUAGAAGACUUACGCCGGUUGAAGAAGAUGUCUUGGCUCUUGGAAGAAUUCGUACAGCUCUAAAGAAGAAUUCGUACAGCUCUAAAGAAGAAUUCGUACAACGUUUGGAACCGAAGUUAUACCACAUGACGAACGAUGAAGCUAGUAACAUCCGCGUCCAAAUCACUGAGGUUCUACGAUGUGCAACGCUUCCAGCUUCGAAUUUAACCAAGAAUAAGAAGGAUGCAUUGAAAAACUUAAGAGCAGAUAAGUCAAUACAUAUUUUAAAGGCUGAUAAGGGUAACGCUACGGUUAUUCUAGAUCGUCUAGAAUAUGAUAAUAGAAUCCUGGCUCUUUUAAACACUUCAACUUAUAAACAGCUUAAAAGAGACCCUACAGCUAACAUUGAACGUAAAAUAUGUUCCAAACUAUCUGGCUUUAAAAAGGCAG